AUGGAUGGUAAGGACAUGCAGCGGAAGCGACCGGAACUCCAUGAUCCUCAUUUACCACGUUUUCCAGUGAUUUACAAAGAACCGACAUUUGAGCAAGUAUAUGAGAAUAUCAAUCAAGCGGAUGUUAUUCAGAGUGUAGCUGUGGGUCUUGUGUCCUUCCCACUUGGGUACAUUGUUGCUCAUCAAUUAAACCAGAGAUUGGCACGUCCCGGGAUGUGGUUUACUGGUAUCAUUGGUGCAUUGGGUGGUGCUAUGUUGGCGUAUCAGAACUCGUCGCUCCGUCUGCAGGGGUUCGGACGCAAUGACAAAGAGACUGAGAAAGCUUACCAGAAGCAGCAGGGUGUCUUCCUUGCCAGCAAGAAAUUUGCAGGCAAGAAGAAAGGCCCUCGUUUCUACAAGGAGGUGGGCUUGGGUUUCAAGACCCCCAAAAGCGCCAUUGAGGGCCAGUACGUGGACAAGAAGUGUCCAUUCACCGGCAACAUUUCGAUUCGUGGUCGUAUCCUCAAGGGUGUCGUCCUCUCGACAAAGAUGAAGCGCACGAUUAUCGUACGUCGUGAUUACCUGCACUUUGUCAAGAAGUACAAGCGUUUUGAGAAACGUCACAAGAACGUGGCUGCCCAUUUGUCGCCGGCCUUCCGCGUGAAGGAGGGUGACGUUGUCACCAUCGGCCAGUGCCGUCCGCUCGCCAAGACGGUGCGUUUUAACGUGCUGGAGGUUGAGCCUGCAUCGGAGACCAAGCCUAUCAACGUACGCAAGCAGUUCCGCCAGUUCUAG